UAUGUGUGACAUUUGACUCAGAAAUGGGAGAAAAUGUUAACUGGAAAAACAAAGUUUCUGACUCUAUAUUUAAUCUUUGAGUUCCAUAACGCGAUUGCAGAUUAAUGUAUCCUAGCAACUACAGCUAGAAUCAAUCACAAGACAAACAAACCAACAAACCAAAGUGCAGUAAGACCAAUGUGCCUGAAGUUGCCUAAAGUUGGGAUAACACGGGAGAGUGCUGAAAUUGUUAUUGCAUGUGCGCAGAAUUAAUACAAUGACAACAGCAACAAAUGAAGUUGUUGCAUCCAAAUACAAGCAGGAUACCGAGAAGGCAUCAAUAAAGGAGACAAUGGAGAAAUUAGGGCAACCAGUGAUCGACCCAUUCAUGAACAAGGAAGAGGACAAGAUGAUGGACAAACUGGGCACUGUGCCUCUUAAUUCACUCCUACGCUUCAGUGUCGAUGCCGAAAGGGCCCAGUCUAAACCAAAGAGCAGUUCACGUUUUGGAAGGCUCAGUUACCAUUCCUUUUUCUCACGGCACAACCCUCAUCCUCAUCGAGUAAGACACAUCAAUGGUCUGAAUGGAAAUCCUGUCUGUGCAGUCAAUGAUGACUGGUACAUUAACAGUCCAUUGUCUCCUCAUCCACUGAUAAAGAGUCGGCUUCCAACAACAGUCCUCGGAAGGCUUGGAUUACCCAUCAGUAUUUAUCAGUGUAAUCCAUUUGAUGACGGAUAUAUCUCAAAGUUUACUGUAGAAUCAUUGUCUGAAGCUUGGCGCGAUGAACUACGGGAAUUCACAACCAGGGCCUGCCUCCUGGCACCUGACCAACCUGAAGAACAGAAGGAGACAGAAGGAAGGAGAACAACUCAAUAUUCUGCACAGACGGGUCGGAUAAUCCCAAACUCGACUCCUGCUGUGAACCGUCAGACUUCUCAACGAUCCACCAGGAAUGAUGUCCGGGACAGGAGUAAACACAAUGUGCUGUUUCAGGACCACGAGUUACUGGUCCUGGAACUGCUCUGCCAGCUCCUACAGACUGACUCAUUAUCGGCUGUUCAGCAAUGGCUGCUCUGUGCUGGGCAAAGAGAGAAAGACUUUGUACUGGGAAUGGUUCAGUCAGCUCUAGCAAGCAGUCACCCUGAAUACCAACAAAGAGCUGCAUGUAGAGAAGGCCAAGGAAAACAGCAGAUUGAUUAUAAUCCCACAGCUUCAGCCCUGGAAAGGUCCUCCCUGAAUAGGAGAAAACAUAACAGAUAUUACCUCAAAAAGAAGCCAGAAAUAAUUGAAGAGGAGCAGCCAGAUCACAUUGGAAAUGCUGAAGUCCUUCAAGUUCAUCAAAGCAAGUCUUCUGAACCACAGAGUAAUGGAAAACAGGAAGUGUCAGAUCUGAACAGGGUCACAGGGUGUGAGUGAAACUGUUCAGGAUGGGGAAAACAUAUAGUCUGUCUGUCUGAUUGGAGUUUAAGUAGGGACAUGUUAUUUUUAAAAUUGUAAUGAGAUAAAGAUAGCAUUGGAUUAUACUGCUAACAGUUUUAAAGUUCGAGUCCUCAGGUUAAAUUUAGCAGCUGCCUCGUUAUAUUGUUUAAUACUCUCAAUGUUAGCAAUGUCACAUAGAGCUGGUAAAAUGUAUUACCAAUCCAAUGUCAGAUAGUGUACAUCAAACUAUGGUUAAUCAGAUUAUGUUUUCACUUGUUCUAUCUCAGAGAUACAAACUGAAGUCUUUUUAAACUGUUGGUUCAUACAAAUGCCCAGGAAACUCAGUUCCUGUACAUUUACAGCAACCACUAUUUUCCAAGUAAUAGUCUGAAUUGUUCAGAAACAGAAAUUGAUGAAUGCAGAAUUGGUAACCUGCAGCAAAGCUAAUCACACAAUUGAUCACUUGACUGGACUUGUCUUUGCGAAAACCAGUUGUGUGAGACAGGCAAUGAUUUCUUGUAAAAGUUUAACAAGGAUCUGUGGGAUCUUGCUGUGCAAUAAUUGACAGCUGUCUUUCCCUCUGUUGGAACAAUGAUGAUGUGUCAAUGCGAAAGCACUUCCAAAGCAACGCCGUGCUACCGGUGAACCUGAUGACGUGAGAGAGGCAACAUCUUCUCUCUCGAUGAAUACUUUCUUUAUCUGUUUCAACUGCUGUACAACGUGUCCAUGCUUUUAUAGUUUGUCUCUCUAAACGCUAAUGUGAGAUUGUGUUCACAUUUGCAUUUGUGUGAACAACAUCUUGUCACCACUAUUCUGAGUAGUAACCAUUAUUUGUGUAUUAUGGUGUGUAAUUUUAUUAAAUCUAAA